ACAAUAGCUGAGAGCAGGUUGGGGGUUCCAUUUUCUUUAUAUUCUUGUGUUUGCUGUUAAAUUCUCUCUUGUUGAAUCUUGGUUAUCUCAUCAGUAUUUUCCCAGCUCUUCAAUGAUGUAUUUGUUGGUGCUUUUCCUCUGAAUGCUUCUUGGAGUUACAUCUUUACUACUGCCCUAUGAGUCUGAAAAAUGUUGUCUACCAUACAUGUCCUUAAUGAGCACUUCAAUGGUCUUAGGUCAAAAUUUGCUAUCUUUCAAGAAAAGUAGUUCGGUAUUUGUGCAUAAAAGUUGUAUUACUGAGGCUCGCUUUAGUUGGGGGAGGAGGAAAUCUUUUGGGUCGACUCCAAAUGCAAAGAAAAAGUAUUCAAAGAAGAAAAGCUGGUGGAGAGAGUUGUUUUUUGUUGAAAGUGGGAAUUGGCUGGGACUGAGGGAGGAUGAUAUGAUUGAUGGACUUGAAUCUGAAGGUUUAGGUAGUGAUGAUGAAUUAUCAGAGAAUGAAAAGUUUGAAGCUUGGAAGAGACGAGCCGAGGCAAUCAUGGAGUUAAGGGAAGCACAAGAAGAUAUAAAGAAUGAGGAGAAUAGGAAGUGGGACGAUUGGCUUGUCGAUGUAAAUGUUGAUUUAGGUAAUGAUUCAUCAUGGGUUCAGGAGUCCAUUGGAGUACCUGAAGAUAACAUUAUGGAAGAUCCUAGUGAAUUAAUACCUGGGAGGGGUUUGGUUAAAUCCGUGAGGGAUAUGAUACUCGGCAGGGAAGAAGAUGAUAUGCUAUAUGAAGAUCGUAUUUUUCAGUAUGCUUCAUUUAAUUCUGCGAAGUUCUUGGCAUUGCUGAUAAUUGUCCCAUGGGCUUUGGAUUUUGUAGUUCAUGACUAUGUUCUUAUGCCUUUUCUUGACAGAUAUGUUAAGACUGUACCUUUAGCAGCACAGAUGCUUGAUGUCAGAAGAAACCAAAAGCUUGAAAUGGUUAAGGAAUUGAAGGCUGAGCAAGCACGCUACCGCCUUGAGGUUGAGAUUGGUAAAUCUCCACCUUUGUCUGAAAAGGAGCUGCAUCUGGAGCUACGACACAAAGCGUUAGAGUUGCGGGACGAGUGGAGGUUAGAAAAUCGCAAGGCAUUUGCUAAUAUAUUGUCGGACUUUGUCUUUGGGGUCUCAUUAUUCAUUCUUUUGUGCUUCAAUGAGAGUAAAGUAAAGCUACUCAAAUUUACUGGUUAUAAGAUACUAAACAAUAUCUCCGACGCUGGCAAGGCAUUUCUGAUCAUUCUGAUUAGUGAUAUCCUUUUGGGGUAUCAUUCUGAAUAUGGUUGGACAACUGCGGUUGAGAUGCUUGUGGAGCAUUAUGGUAUUGAAGUUGAUCGAUCAGCGAUAACGAUAUUUGUCUGCAUUGUUCCAGUUGUAACGGAUACCUUUGUGAAGCUUUGGAUUUUUAAGUACUUGCCGAGGUUAUCAGCUGAAGUGCCCAAAUAUAUACAAAAAAUGAAGAGACAUUAGAGAGACUUUCCCGUAUCUCUGGUUUCAGUUGCAGCAGCAUCUACAGGUAGAACAUACAAUCAGUCCCAUGUAAAAGGAUUGAUACUUUUCGCCUUCCUUUCCACUUUUCCAUAUAUAGAGGCUCCUUAACCUGAAAUUGGAGUAAAUUGUAAAAGGACGUUUGUAUUUUUCAUGAUGUGAAUAGCUUGUCAUCAAAGUGGCAUAAUUCCUUGAAAUCAUUCAUAAUGGGAAUAUUUGUGAACCCUAUUAUUUGUUUGUCAGCAAUAUUCAGAUUCUGAAUAAAAUAGGUUUGUUAGAGGCUUGAAAACACCU